CAAGCGGCCUCAGACUUCCUCUCCAAGAAGACAAAGCUAAAUUCAAUACCUGCAACUUGAUUCAGAAGCAGAUAUAAUGAAGGUUGUUGCUUUAGUGAGCGGUGGAAAAGAUAGCUGUUAUGCUAUGAUGAAGUGCAUCCAAUACGGCCACCAGAUUGUCGCUUUGGCUAAUUUACUACCAACUGAUGAUUCAGUGGACGAGUUGGAUAGCUACAUGUAUCAAACUGUAGGGCACCAAAUAAUUGUAAGCUAUGCUGAAUGCAUGGGAGUGCCAUUGUUCCGAAGGCGAAUACAAGGAUCCACAAGGCACCAGAAACUUAGCUACCAAAAGACAGCAGGUGAUGAAGUAGAAGAUAUGUUUAUUUUGUUAAAUGAAGUUAAGAAGCAGAUACCUUCUGUCACAGCAGUUUCUUCUGGUGCAAUUGCAUCAGAUUAUCAAAGGCUACGAGUAGAAAGUGUUUGUUCAAGGUUAGGGCUUGUUUCUUUGGCAUAUUUGUGGAAACAAGAUCAAUCGUUGCUUCUCCAAGAAAUGAUAACAAAUAGCAUUAUGGCUAUCACAGUCAAGGUUGCAGCUAUGGGGUUGGACCCUUCAAAGCACUUGGGCAAAGAAAUAGCAUUCUUGAAACCUUAUCUGCAUAAAUUGAAAGACUUGUAUGGAAUAAAUGUAUGCGGUGAGGGAGGGGAGUAUGAAACUCUGACUUUUGACUGCCCACUCUUCCGUAAUGCUCGAAUUGUGCUUGAUGAAUUCCAAGUUGUACUGCACUCUUCAGAUUCCAUAGCUCCAGUUGGAGUGUUGCAUCCGUUGAAAUUUCAUUUGGAAAGAAAGGCAUCCAACUCCUUAAGUGGUAAUGACAAAACCAAUGAUCUCUGUUCCGAGAAUAUCAGUUCUGUAUCCGAAGUGCUAGGAGAAAACCCAAAAGAAUGCAAAUCUCUGGGUGCGCCUGUACCUGAAGUUAGUGACUUGAUUGAAGUUUCAAGGCAUAGGCUUCACAUCUCUAAAACAGAAAAAGAUAAUACAUUUUCAAUGUGUUGUUGGUUACAAGAUCCAUCAGGACCUUCAGCAGGUUUACAGGAAGAUCUGAAGUUGAUCCUUGGACAAAUUGAGUUGCAACUAGAAGGGUGUGGUUUAGGCUGGGAGCAUGUGCUUUAUAUCCAUCUCUACAUUUCUGAUAUGGAUCAGUUCACUCAAGCAAAUGAGACCUAUGUGAGAUUUAUUACCCAGGAUAAAUGCCCUUUUGGUGUUCCAUCAAGAAGUACUAUUGAACUGCCUUUAAUUCAAGCGAGUUUAGGGAGAGCAUAUGUUGAAAUUCUGGCUGCGAAUGAUCAGAGCAAGCAAGUUUUGCAUGUUCAAAGUAUUUCUUGCUGGGCACCAAGUUGCAUUGGACCUUAUAGUCAGGCAACUUUGCAUAAGGAGAUACUACACAUGGCUGGUCAGUUGGGACUCGAUCCACCUACAAUGACUAUUUGUGAUGGAGGGUCAACUGCAGAACUUGAGCAGGCACUGCAAAACAGUGAAGCAAUAGCAGAAUGCUUUAAGUGCUCGAUAUCUACUUCUGCUAUCUUCUUUGUGGUUUACUGCUCUACUAACAUCCCUUUAGAUGAGAGACCAAAACUCCACGACAAGCUGGAUACGUUUGUGAACCAACUUAAGCUGUCUCAUUUGGGUAAAGAUUCCAAGUCCAACGUGCUUGACCCUAUUUUUCUUUAUAUUCUAGUUCCAGAUCUUCCAAAAAGAGCACUUGUAGAAAUAAAGCCAAUCCUUUAUGUCCUAGAUACUGCAGAAACGCCCGAAGAAACUCCCAGUGAACUUUGUAGCGUAGUGGCGCGUAGUUCUUUCAGUUUUCAACCUGUAGAAUGGCAUGGUUCGUGUAUUCAGAAAUGUGUCAUUCAUGGAAAGAUAUGCGCGGUUGUUUUGUCUAUCACAAGUGAAGUUGCUAUGAAGGUUUGUUCUGAUUCUCUGAAAGCCGAUUGGAGCAACGGUAAUCAUCAGAAGUCUCUCACAGAGAGCCAAAUGAAAAGAAUAGCUAGAUUUUGCAUCUAUCGUCUUGACAAAACCGUUAUCGAAAAUGGUUUCUCCUGGAAUGACACUAUGAUCUUGAGAUUGUAUGUCCCACAAAACAUCCACAUUCCGUUGGAGACGAUAUCAAGCUUGUUUGAGGACGCAUUCAAGGAACUCGAUCAGAUGAAUGGUGGUGCCAAAAUUGGUGUGAAGCCUAUCUUCAAUCUUGUUCCGGUCCUAGGUGCCGGAAGAUCUGCUGCAUGCACAGAAGAUAUAAUCACCUGUGAGCUGUUUGCUCGGAAAUCUUGAUCCUUGAUGGAUCAGCCAGUGAAGGAACUACUUUAAAUGUAAGAUUUCUUGUCAUUGCUAUCAAUUCUUCUCAUUUCAAGGAAUAUAAAGAAUCUUGGUAAAGUCAAAUUUAAAUUAUAUCUCA